GAUGAACAAAAGCGCACCACCUUGCACCGCAUAACGCAAUCACGCAUCUUGUUGAUCUAGAUUUAGAUCUCUUGUCAGAGUCAGCAUGGCGUCUGCCAGCGAGCAGCAGCCCCUGUCGUCAUCGUCCACCGCGGAGCUGUACAGCCAUGAGGUCCCGUCCGGGUCCGAUCCAGUCUUCAGCCAUGAGUCGUCCGACGUAACGGGAAAGUCCUUCAACCGUGACAAGACACCUUGGUACAUUCCCCCGAAACGCUACGUCAUAGCACUCAUGACCUUCCUCGGCUUUGCCAAUCUGUAUGCUUUGAGAGUAAACCUCAGCGUUGCUAUUGUUGCCAUGACAACCAACCACAGCACCUACAUCAACGGCACUUUGCACACGGUGUCGGGGCCAGAGUUCAACUGGGACCAGAGGUUAAGGGGUCAUAUCUUGGCCAGCUUUUUCUACGGUUACAUCUUCACUCAGUUACCCGGAGGUUUCCUGUCCAACCGCUACGGCGGCAAGUACCUGUUUGGCGUGGGCGUGCUGGUGACCGCGCUGUUGACCUUGCUGACCCCUGUGUUUGCCACGUGGAGCUACAAGGUUCUCAUCGCUUGUCGCAUCCUGGAGGGCUUGUUUGAGGGAGUUACCUACCCUGCCAUUCACGCGAUUUGGUCCAAGUGGGCGCCUCCAGCUGAGAGAACCAAACUGGCUACGUUUGGAUUUUCUGGCUCGUACUUUGGCACGGUGGUCUCUAUGGUGUUGUCCGGGGCCCUGGCAGAGAGUGCUGCAGGCUGGCAGUCCAUUUUCUACGUGUUUGGAUCUAUCGCCAUUAUCUGGUUCCUGUUGUGGUGCAUUGUGGUCACAGAGAGUCCGGCCGGUCACCCGGGCAUCAGCACAGCGGAGUUGGACUACAUACAGAACUCCAUCGGCUACACGGACGAGCAGACCAAGCGAGUCCACCCCCCGCUGCUCCAGAUCGUGCGGUCAGCCCCGGUGUGGGCGAUCGCUGUGGCCCACUUUGUGGAGAACUGGGGCUUCUACACCUGGCUCACUCAGCUGCCCACCUUCAUGACGCACGUGCUCAAGUUCCACAUGGACCAGCCUUCGCCCUCCAGGCUGUGUUUAUGGUUGCUGCGGGUUACCUGAUGUCGCGAGCUGCGGCCGUGGCAUGCCUGACUGUCGCGGUGGGCAUCGGUGGGUUUGCCUGGGCUGGCUUCAGUGUCAACCAUCUGGAUAUUGCUCCUCAGUUUGCCAGUAUUUUGAUGGGCCUGUCCAACACGUUUGCCACAUUGCCCGGUAUUGUCAGUCCGUUGUUGACCAGUGUGAUCGUUGUCCAUGAGGAGUCCUCGGCCGACUGGCAGAUCGUCUUUUACCUGGCGGCCUGCAUCUACGGCAUCGGCGGGAUCGUCUACGGACUGCUGGCCUCGGGGGAGACGCAGAUCUGGGCCCAGGUACCACUGGGAUACCGCUCUUACAUGGAUGACCCGGAGGAGGGGCAGUGA